CUGGCAACCCAUCUCAGAAUCAAACACACGCUCCAGGUUCACUGGUAACGAGGGCGGUUUAUUUUGUUGCUAAAGCGGAAUCCAGCACCAAUAUUCGUUCUCACAAUGGCUAAAAUAUGCACAAUAUCUGACGAGUCUGACACAUCAAGUGAAAAUGAAGACACAGAGCGCGUAGAGGACAACCGAACAGACGAAGCAUCUCAUUCUGCCCACCAACUAAUUGUUUCACAGACAUCCCGAGGAGAGCAAAUGGCAAGAAAUAGGAAUUUCUCUAUAAAUGAAGACGACUUUCUGGAAGCUACUGAUGGGAGAGCUGGAGAUGGAGAUUCUUUCCGUCCUCGAUCCCGCUCAGCACCUCCGGUUUUAUGGGCUGCUAAGAAAUACGGCAGGGAGCUGAGGAAGAUGAGCGAUGAGUUUGACACCUUAUUGGAAAAAGGGAUGAAGAGGGUGAGGAGUGCAGGUACAGGCCGUCAGAUGCACACCUCUUCCAGCUGGUUCAACUUCCUCUGGAGCCACCAAGAGUCAGACACUGAGAACAUGAGCAGCCUAACAGCACAAAACACCCGUCCAGCAGAAUGAAAUAUCAGUGGAGCACACGACGAGAGAGAAAGAGAGAGAAAGCUCUGGUUAAGCCAUAUACAAAGGAUAAAGAGGAAGCUCUCGUACCCAGAAGUUAGGGACUGAUGGGUCGUCUUCAUGAACUAGUUUUUAACCUUCCUCAGUUAGAGGAUAUCAGGACCGUAGACCAAUCAUAGUCUCUAACAUUGCCUGAAUGACGUUUACUACAGCAGAACAGUACAAAUGAUUUUUUUUUCCUGGCUCUGGGAUCCAGUAAUAUGGGGAAACUCUGCAAGCUGAUUUGUGAGAAUGACCAGUCAGUUCAGUGUGUAAGACAUUCAGACUACACUACUGGAGCAUAAAGAAAGAUACAAUCACUGCCAUCUUUCAGGGCUGUGGGAAAGGUUUCUUUUCUGUAGUAUGGGCUAAUGAACCGAACACAAGAACGAACAUGUCUUUUAAAUGUUUGAUAUUUUAAAACUUUUAUUACCAUUUUCAAUUGAUACAUGAAAGAUUUAGGAAUACAAAUAAACAUGAUUCAACACAUGACUAUUUUUACAAUAAAACAUAAAACAACUGAUCUUAUAUCCUCUUUAUCUGUUUAGGGGUAUCAUAGGUGGGGGAAAAGAAGUUUUGAACAGUUUUGUAUAUGUUGUAACUUCUGCUAUCUCUUUAUUCCUGGAACAUUUUAGACCCUGAGAGCAAUAAAUGUUAAAGGGUGGAAGAGAAAGUAACAAGGCCUUACAUCCAUUGAUAUUACUUGAAAAUAUAAAAAGGAAAUGCCUUGUAAUGCUAUGAUUUUCAGAUUAUUAAAUAUAAAUGUUUAGGACCACUACAAUGUGAAAAAUAAAUAUGGUUUUAUUAAAGAAA